CAUGAGUACUGACCCAAACAACUCUUUUGCAACUCCAAGAGGAGUCGUCGUUCAUCAUGUGACUCAUCCCGAGAGGGACAAUCUGUUUCGUGCUACAGCGGUUUCUAGCGAAUUCCUCAAAGCGAACCAGAAAAUGUUUCGCGUACAAUGUACGCAGUGUCAAAUGUCAUUGGAGAAACCUUUGAAAUGUGCAAAGUGUAAGAGCGUUUGGUAUUGCUCAAAAGAGUGUCAAAGGAAACACUGGCCCACCCACAAACCGAGGUGCCACGAAGUCGAACGCUCCUCGGGAACCUUCAAAUUCAUACGAAUGUUCAUUCUGAAUCCGAUACUGAUGGGGUUCCUCAAAAUUGGUGCCGUCAUCGACUGUGGCCUGCUUAACAAUCCCCGGAUCGGAUUCGAUGUGCCGUUCGGGGUGCGCGUUGAUGUUGCCAUUGAGCCAAGUAAUGUCCUAGACUUCAUUGCAUUGUAUCUCGGCAGCAAAUCUCCUGGGGAUAAGCUUCAAGGAAUGGUGCAGGUCAAUGCCAUGAUGUCAUGGGAACUUACGUCUGAGCGGGUAGACAAAUGGCGUGAGGCUCGGGCAAGGCAUGACGCAGAGGGUUUUGCCCAAGAUCCUGUUGGACUCGUAGAUUUCAUCGAUGCUAACUGCACAAACGACUUUGGGAAUGCAACAACCGCUGAGUUGCACAUCCUACCUGGUAUCCUUGACAUGGCAAAGCCACGAGAACAUUUAUUAGGUGUCUCUGCUAUCACGGGCGCUGAAAUCAGGAAACCUAUGAGUGCUAUGACAUGGCUAGAGACUAUCAACAUGCAUAUCCGUGCAGAUAAAGAUAAUCAGCUGCAUUUACGCACUGAGAUGACAGAUCAAGAUAAGCAAAUUAUUCGCGCUGCAGGUCGCAAUGAGGACACAUAUCUGGCCCGCCUUGUUAAAAAGAAGAUGCAAAGAGAACACCUGUAUGCCAAUAUCGUGCAACGACGCGCUGCGUAGUUUACAUAAUGAAAUCUUGGCACGAGCGAUCUGUAUCCUCUUCCUCGUGACUUUCAAGUCAGUCUUGUACCGUGCUUCAUCCUAUCAAUGGGGCCUUUGUUCUUAUGUUGUAUCUGCCGAAAAUUUGAC